CAUAUAUCCAUUUUAUUUUUUCGACAUUACGAUUUUAUCCAAUCAAAUACAUCCUUAUAGAUUUCCUUGUAAAAAUAAAAGGUAUAUAAAUUAAAACGAAAAUGGGUACACGUAAAUCUUUAUAGAUUUCCUUGUUUAAGUGACUAUAAAUGCCAUAUGAUUUUGGUUGAACUCGCCCUCCAGAAUCAUCUUUCACGUACCAAAGAUCAACCAAAUUCCACAAAUCUGAUUCCAGAUUCAUGCGUCUCUCUGCGAAGAUUUAAGAACACCCAAAAUGACACAGUACAUGCCCUUAUUCAGAUCUUGCUACACCACAAGAACACUCACUCAACUCCAUGCUCAUCUCCUUGUCACAGGCCAACACAGAAGCCAUCUCGCUUCAACUAAACUUAUUGAAUCAUACGCCCAAAUGGGUCCUCUCGAUUCUGCAAAACUCGUAUUUCAAACCUUUCCUAGACCAGAUUCUUUCAUGUAUGGUGUUUUGAUCAAGCGCUAUGUUUGGUACGGAUUAUUCACAGAAGCUGUUAAUUUAUACUACAAUAUGUUGCACGAACUAACCCUCAUCAGCAGCUUCAUAUUCCCAUCCGUUUUAAGAGCUUGUUCUGGUUCUCGUGAUUUGGAUGUUGGCCAAACUGUUCAUGGAAGGAUAAUCAAGAGUGGACUUGAAUCAGAUCCUGUAGUUCAAACCUCAUUGCUCAACAUGUAUGGAGAAGCAUCCUACUUGAGUCACGCACGUAAGGUGUUCGACGAAAUGCCUGAAAGAGAUAUUGUCUCCUGGAGCUCCAUCAUUUCAAUGCAUGUUCGUAACAGUCAAGCAAUUCAAGGGUUGAAAUUGUUUCGCGAAAUGGUAACAGAUGGACAUGAACCAGAUUAUGUGACUCUACUUAGUAUAGCAGAAGCAUGUGGUGAAUUGGGUUUAGGGCUACAAUCAAAAUCAAUUCACAGCUAUACAAUAACAAGAAACAUCAAAAGCAACGAUAAUAACACAUUGAUCAGCUCUUUGAUUGCAAUGUAUGGAAAAUGUGGAGAACUGUAUACUGCUGAGACUCUUUUCAACAGUGUUUCCAAUCAUUGUACUUCAUCAUGGACAUCCAUGAUCACAUGCUACAAUCACAAUGGUUACUUUCAAGAAGCAUUGGAGGUUUUUAACAAAAUGCAAGAAUCUAAAACAGAACCAAAUGCAAUCACAAUGAUGGGCAUUCUUUCUUCUUGUGCUAGACUAAGUUCACUAAAACAAGGUAAGUCAAUUCAUGGUUUUGUUAUUAGAAAACACCUCGACCCUGAUAACAACAUUCUUGAAUCAUCACUGAUCGAUUUGUAUGCCAAUUGUGGAAAGUUGACUUCUUGCCACAAGAUUUUCGAUACAGCUAAAAACAGACAUCUAGUUUCAUGGAAUAUGGUUAUAUCAGGUUACACUCGUGAUGGAAUGUUUGACCAUGCAUUAGAUCUUUUUAAACAAAUGAUGUCAUGCAAAAUGUCACCAGAUGAAUUCACUAUAGCAAGUGUUGUAUCCGCUUGUGGUAACUUAAAUUACUUUAAUCAUGCAACUCAGAUUCAUGGGUAUGCUACUAAAACCGGGAUUUUGAAUGAAUUUGUCCACAAUUCGCUCAUUGACAUGUAUGCUAAAUGUGGUUUUGUGAAUAUAGCAUAUAACAUAUUCAACAACAUGGAUCAUAAAAGUGUUGUGACAUGGAACUCUAUGAUUUGGGGUUUUUCUUAUAAUGGCAAAUUAAUCGAGGCCAUGAAUCUUUUUGACCAUAUGUUCUUGGAAGGUCUAGAAAUGGAUGAGGUGACUUUCUUGAACGCGAUUCAAACCUGUUCAGAUUUGAGGCAUCUCAAAAAGGGAAAAUGUAUUCAUCAUAAGCUCAUUACAAAUGUUGAUAGAUAUAUAGAUACAUAUAUAGAUACAGCUCUAGUUGACAUGUAUGCAAAAUGUGGUGACCUUUUCAUGGCUCAACGUGUUUUUGACAUGAUGUCAGACAAAAGUGUUGUGUCAUGGAGUGCCAUGAUUGAUGCUUAUGGUAUGCAUGGAUAUGUUGACUUUGCUAUCUCGGUUUUUGAUGAAAUGAUAAAGUCAAAGAUGAGACCGAAUGGAAUCACAUUCAUGAACAUGCUGUCUGCUUGUAGUCAUGCGGGAUAUGUCGAAAAGGGCAAGUUUUAUUUUGAAUCCAUGAAAGAUUUUGGAGUUGAACCGAAUUUGGAACAUUAUUCUUGCUUGAUUGAUCUUUUAAGUCGGGCGGGUCAUCUUGAUGACGCGUAUGGAAUCAUCAAUUCCAUUCCGUUUCCACCCAAUUCCGGUGUAUGGGGUUCUUUGCUAAACGGGUGCCGGAUUCAUAGAAGACUAGACAUAAUGAACCGAAUUCAAGAAAAUCUUGAAAAAAUUGAUGACACGGGUUACUACACUUUGUUGUCUAAUAUAUCAGCCGAAGGGCAAGAUUGGAAACAAUUUGAAGAUGUGAGGUCAAAGAUGAAAACCACGGGUCUCAGAAAGCUUCAAGGGUGUAGCAUGAUUCAAACCAGAUAAAUUUACACUGCAUCCAGGCGAUUUCUUUAUCUUUUUCAUGUUCAUCAACUCGCGUAACUUUAAAACUUGAUUCCAUCUUCCAUCUGAAGCGUAUAAAUUUGAAAUGAGGAUAUAAUAUGAAGCAUCAAUUGGAUUUUGGUCAAACAUCCACGUCAUCACAGCUUCACCAAGGUCAAACCUCGAGUGCAUACUACAUCCAUGGAGAAAUGAUCCCAACAAGGUGACAUCAGGUCUAACAGGCAUUUUCUUGAUGAAGUUAAAUGCUUCUUCAAGGUUUCCAUAACGAGCCAACAAGUCCACCAAACACCCAUAGUGCUUCAUUUUUGGAACAAAUUCGAAUUCUUUUGUAAUCAAAUCGAAAAACUUCAAUCCUUCAAUCAUUCCAGUGUGACUACAAGCUGACAGAAUCGAUGUAAAUGUUGCAUCAGUUGGAUCCAAGUUUUCCUUCAACAUGUCAUUGAAAAGUUCCAUGGAGCCACUACAAUCGCCUUGUAUCCCAUGCCCAUUAAUCAAAGCAUUCCAUGAAACUGUAUUUCUCUGAGGCAUUUUAUCAAACACGUGGCAUGCGGUUUUUAGUUUUCCGAAUUUGGCAUAGAAGUUGACAAGUGAUGUCCCAAUAUAAACAUUGUCAAAGGAAAGGAACCCUUUAAUGGAGUAAGCGUGAAGAGAAGAACCAAGAUGAAGAUCAAAACAAGAAAGUAGUGACACCAUAGUAAUUUCAUCUGGAUGAAAACCUUCGUAUCUCAUUUGAUUAAAUAAUCUUGUAACUUCAUAAGUACAACCAAUUUUGGCAUACCCGUUUAUAAUCGAAUUCCAUGACACUAAA